AUGGUCUACCUCGUCACAACGGACCGCAUCCUCGCGGCCCUAGAGGCCGUCCCGGUCUCACAGCGCGCGGAACUAGAUCUGCCUACCUCCCUUACGCGCCACGGUCCCAUGGCGCACGAGCAGCUCCUACGCCUGGCCAAACACCUUCAAUCCGAAGCCGCGGACACGACUACGAACACCCUACCGGGGCCAACAGCGCUGAGCUCCCUCCUGCGUGGGACAAAGGUCUAUGUUCCACCGCCGCCCAAGAAACCCGAACCAACCGCCGAAUACCUCGCCUCCAAAAAACGCCUUCUCGCCUUGCAAGAUGAAGCAGCCUACCAGCGCCUCCUGCACCCAACGGGCCACCAAAAUCCCGAAGAUCCCUACAUCUACACGCACCCCUCCGCCAUUUCCCAAAACGAAGCUGCACCUCUCAUAGAAGAAGACACCCUGACCCCCUCGCUGGUCAUCAAUAUCUUUCUGUCCGUGCUGAUAACGGGGUUCAGCGUGUACUGGGCUCUAUCCAAGUUCGCGAGCGCGGAUGUUCUCGCUACGGGCUUUGCGUCGUGGAUGGGGUUGCAGAGUGAACAACACCAACAACCCUCAGAAUUAAAAGUGCAACGAUACGGUGCGUCGGAGCCAGUGCGCGUGCUGUUGUCGAUAUUCGCGGCGUUGGCCGUGGCGGUCGCGGAGGCGUUUUUGUAUGCUGCUUAUUUGGGGAAGAUCCAGAGGGCUCGGGAGAGGGAGAGGGGCUUGAAGGAGAGGAAGGUAUUUGUUGGGGCUGUGGGUGUUGAUGCUGAUACGGACAACAAUGAUGUCAAGGGUGGUGGUGUUGAUGUGAGUUCGAGCUGUAAGGAAGAGGUGGAAAUUUGGGGACGGGGUGAGAAUGGGGGGGUGAGGCGGAGAGUUAGGGAGAAGUGGCAGAGAGAUAAGGAGAAAGAGAUUGAAAAAGGGAAGGAGAAGGACAAUCUAUGA